AUGCCGCAGGGUUAUUCGACUGAGCAGCUACAGGCCCUCAUAGCGCAGCAAUCUAACAGUCUCCCAGUCACACAGAUAUUCAAGAAACUAGAAAGAGUCGGAAAAGGUGCUUAUGGCUCAGUCUACAAGGCCUUGCAUACCGCGACCGGCACCGUAGUUGCGCUCAAAAUCGUCGACUUGGAUCAGCCAGACGACGAUAUCGACGAUAUUCAACGAGAGGUCGCGCUUUUAAGCGACUUGCAUGGUGGAGAGAAGAAUAAUAUCACCAGUUAUUAUGGGUGCUGGCUCGAUGGACCGAGAGUUUGGAUAGCAAUGGACUUUGCCCAAGGAGGGAGUAUACGAACCCUCAUGAAAGCGACCAAGGGCAAUGUUAUCGAAGAGCGCUACGCUGUCCUCAUCAUACGAGAAGUCCUUGUAGCGCUCUCAUUCCUUCAUCGAGCGAACGUGAUCCAUAGAGAUCUCAAAGCUGCAAAUGUGCUCCUUACCGCAACUGGUCGGAUUAUGCUCUGCGAUUUUGGAGUAUCAGCAAGACUCGUGUAUAAUCAUUCCAAGCGGACCACAUUUGUUGGAACGCCGUACUGGAUGGCCCCAGAGGUUAUCACUCAGUCCCAGUACGACACCAAAGCAGACAUUUGGAGUUUGGGCAUCACCCUCUAUGAAAUGGUUACAGGGGCACCUCCUCAUGCAAAGGAGGAUCAAAUGAGAGCCCUCCUGAUCAUUCCCAAGGCGAAGGCGCCCCGAUUGCCCGACUCUGUAGGCACCAAAGAAAUGAAAGACUUUGUUGCUACCGUUCUUCGAGAGGAGGCAUCAGAUAGACCCACAGCGGAAGAGUUGCAGCGCUCGAAAUGGAUCAAGGACGUUGCAAAAGCACGCCUGACUCCAUUGCUGGAACUGAUAAAGCAGUAUCAAUCCUGGAUAGAUCAGGGCGGUAUACGGGCGAGUAUAGCAGACUACGAUGAUCAUGAUGAACUACCGGAUCCUCAUGAGAUUAACCCAUGGGAAUUUGAUACGAUUCGCGGGCCCAUUCCAGAAAGUCCUGGGGACUACACAGAUAACGAGCAGACACCAGUAGACAAACCCAAGGCACCACUCCCGUCGUCCUUGCGAGGCCUCUUCAACCAAGGAGGAGCCGAGGAACAGUAUUUUCCGCCUCAACGCAAGAUAACGAUUCCCAGCUUUGAUCAAAUGGACAGCUCUUUAAAACCAGUUCAGCUGCCAGACCUCGAGUACGAUGACUCACCCUCACCCUCGUUCUUCGAUUCUUCGAAUAUGAAUACCGCACGCCCAGAUGACUUUGCUUUCAUGCGAAGAACGCCUGACCAUUCUAGCAGUGCGAGUAAGGGUAGCUACAAAGACUUUGGCCGGAAACCUGUAGAUCGACCUUCGAUAUCGGGCUCAUAUGCAGACUCGGAUAAGGAGGUCUACAACACAAGUCGUCGGAUUAUCAACGACACCCCGCCGCGCGAUGGUAGCCCUCAGCGUGCUCGCCGAAAUGGCGGUUCGCCAGGAACCUUUAUUUUCCCUCCGACGGCCGGUGCGAGGUCGUCUCCGGUAUCGAACUCGUCUCCGACCUCCCACUCUCAUGAGAGAUCAACAACACCCUCCAGCGCUCACAGGCCGAGGGCCUCCGUUGAGGAAACCCCCUUGGUGCCGUCAAUCAAUGCACCCCAACCCCUUGCUCGAACAACGAGUGCGACACCAUACAUCCCGCCAGAUAAUUCAGGCUUUGUUCGGCCACCUCCACCGAGACCCUCUCCUGCGCGGCAGCAAUCAGCUAGCGUACUUGACCCGCCCCAUCGAACCCGUCCUAGCCGUAGUGCAAGUACAAGCACCCGAGAGGAUGUUCCCCUUAAUUCAAAUCUGAUGGUACCAAAGCCAUCUGGUCUACGCGGCGCUUUAAAUCUCUCCUACAUUCCCGAUAGCGGACUUGCCCUUGACAUGCUACCUCCCUCACCGUCCGCAAUUUCUCCAAUGCAUCGUCAAUUUGUUGGGACACCCGGACCGGCCUCGGACCACUCAUUUAAUCACUCUCAUGAGAAUGCGGAUACAUCGAACUCACGCUUUGGAGACGAUGGUCUCUCUCGCAAUACCAGUCAAUCACCGCCAGAUAUGUCGACUGGUGGUAUUCGGGGCCCCAUUAUUCGGCCACUUAAUUACAGUCUACUGGGCAGCUCCGAAGCCGUUCAUGCGGAGUUAGCGCAAACAGUCGGUGACCUCGCCCAGUGGCUGGAGGUGAUCGACCAAGGAUUGACGAACAUUCUAAAUCCUCCGCCUGCUGUAGAUCUUUCAGACGACUUUGUGGAACAGUAUGCAUAUGAAGGGGCCGCUAUCCAAACCGAAUAA